GACCCAACAUAUUGUUAUUAUCCUUCAAAUCAAAUCAGAGGUUCGAAUGUCUAAUUUUAAAAACUUUUAUGUGGUCCAUGGAUUUUCUUAGCUAGUAAAUUUAGUUUAGCAAGUUGCUAUUUGUUGUUGAAGUGAUAGAACGAGUUAAGUAAAAAAAUUAAAAUUAUUUCAACUUAAUAAUUUAUUAUCUCUGCAGCUGCAUCACUCCUCUACUAUUUGGCCAUCUUUUUAGCUGAUCAACCAUCGUAAGUAUUAAAAACCGUAUGUCAAAAUGGGCGGAUCAUCUAGCACUCCUCGAACACUAGAAAUUGAGAAUCCAAACGUGAUCACUUUGUCUGACAAGGUUGUUGAGAGACUCCGAGGUCAAGAACAAAUAGCACCAGUUGACCAGGGUUCACAGAUUUUACCAAUGUAUGUGCAACCAUCGUCUCUGCAAAUACAGAAGGUUGUUCAGCAAGAGCUAGAAGCUAAUGACAAGAGGUGGGAGCAGCGUUUUCACCAUGUCAACAAUAGUCAAAAAGCUCUGAACCGCAAUGUUGAAAUAGAAUACAAAAGAACAUAUGAAAAUGUCAAGAAAUUGUUACCAAUAAUUAAAGACGGAGUACUAAAUGAAACUACAAUAGAAAAAGAAAACGUUUUAUUGGAUUGUCUAGCCAAUAAUAAGGGAACACCGUUGAAUUGCACUGAUGCUGUCAAAGAUUAUAAAAAGGUGUUAUUUCAAUCUACAAUUCAAAAGCUUUAACAUUGGUAGCUUAAUAGAAAAUUAUAUAUAGGAGUUCAAAUGUUUCAAUGAUAAUAUGAAAAAUUGUGCUUAAAUGUAUGAUAUUUUAAUUAUAUACUUAAAAUCAUGGUAAGUAGUUCUGAUUAAAUGAAUAAAAGGCUACUCUGUUAUGUUGUUGAAUUUUUGGUUUAUCAAUACGAUGAAUUUAUUUUGAUCAACUCAACAGUAAAGAAUAAAACAAAAUACUGUAGUUUUCUUCUACAUUAGGAGAUGCCUUAAACUGUUUUUAAUAAAAAUAAAAUGUUUUAUUUUACU